AACACUACAACUCUAUUUUAUAAUUAUGUACAGCACUGGAUUCGUGGCAUUAGUUGGUGUGUAUCUUGCACACAUGUGUGUUAUGUCACAGAUGAGCAAACACGUCGCAAACAGAAAUGCAGGGACCGCAUUAACAAGUGGCUGCUUCUCAAUAGCCUCUGCACAAUUCAAAUCGUUUUAGUCGUAAAAACAUUUUACCACAAUGUACAACAAAGUAUUUUAACAUUCAAUAAAGAUUAAUAAAGAUCAUACAUAGUGUAAUUUUCAUCAAGAAAAAAAAAAGAGAAAGAAAAGAAACAAUUAUAAAAGUAAGAACGUGGUUGAGAGGAAUUUGGGAAAUGCGACGUCGUACUGGCCCAGUUCAACAAUGGGUCGAUUCAAUUCCUUCACCCACAACGUCAACAUCAUCGCCAUCUAAAUUAACUGAAUCAUCAAAAGAUCUUAAUAAUAUUACUUCAUCAUCGCCAUUAGUACUUUGUACAUUGUCAAAGGAAAUAUUAAAUGAAACGGAAGAAUUAAAACAAACAAUUAUGACAGCGUCAACUCCAAUAGCGGUUCCUAAUUCACCUGCAACAACAAUAUCAGCACCAUCCAAUCCAAUUCCUCAUCAUCGAUUGAUACGUGAUCCUAGUCUACAAUCAGAUAGCAGUCAUUGUAGCAGUGUAGAAAGUUUUUUAGAACUAAGAAAAGCAGAUCCUGAGGCUGUAUUGUUAAAUUUAGGAUUCGGUGGUUAUCCAAGUAGUCCCCAAGAAAAUGGUCCACUUUCCAGAAUACCUAAACGAUUUCUACAACCAUCAAAAUUAAAAGGCAUUGCAAUCAAUGAUUUUGUAAAACAACAACAAGAGACAAAUGAAUCUCUCGACACUGCAUCUCUUGGAUAUAGAGGAUUAACAGGUUCACCAUAUGUAGCUCCUUCAGAAAUAGUUCAAAAAAUUAUGGAACGAUUACGAGAGCACGAAAGUCAUGAAAUUGAAACGCAUUCUGGAUUUAAUGUUGGCAAUGAACAAAAUAUACAAGAAGGAAGAUUAUCUGUUUUAUCUCCAGAUAAUAGACAAUUUUUAGAUCAGCCACGUUCUAAAAGUCCGGAUAUGCGCAAUAAACGCAUGAUUAUAGGACAAAGAUCAUUUGCCUUUGGCUGUGAUGGGGAUUUAAUAGAAAUUGAUUCAAAAUCGCCAAAAAUCAAUUUAAGCACAAAUGAUGUGAUAAAAUCAGCGACAAAUAAUUCUGACUCAAUUGAUUUAAUAGACAAUCAAAUAACUGAUAAAAUAAUUAAACCCCUAAAUAGAAGAUAUUCUCUAAAUGAUAAUUUACAUUUAAUAAGAAAUCAAGCAUCAAGUUCAAGUAGUACAAAUAAUUACGACGAUAGAAAUAUUUUCAAUAAAAAUGAAAUAAUGAACCAACAAGAAUUUACCACUAACAAGCACAAUAUAGAAUUGAAAAAUGAUAAAAAACAAAAACAAUCAAUUGUUGAUGAUAAUCAUAAUUUACCAAAUGUUUCACGACAAUUAAGUGAAGUACCAUUGGAAAUAUUAAAUAGAUCAAUGACAUUUGAAGAAAGUAGAAGAUCCAGUGGUGCGACAACAUUUUCAGAUGGCAGUUGCGAUACAGUAAUAUCAAAUCGAAAACGAAGUUUAAAAAGACAAGCGAGAAUUUAUGAUGAAUUUGAAUCUUUUGAUUCGAAUGCAACAAUUGAAAAUGAUGAUAAAUCUUUUGAUGCAAAUUCUAUUGAUAUAAAUAUAGAAAUGAAAAAUCGACCAAAUCCAUUACAAUUGGUGUCAAAUAUAAGAGAUCGUGUUUGUGAAAAAGUUUCUGAAAUGGAAGAAACUUUAAAUAUUGAUUUAGAUGAUGUUCAUGAAUCUGAUUCUAAAUUAUCCGAUGAUAAUGAUGACGAUGAUGAUGAUAGUGAUGUAAAUAAUCAUUUGUGUGAUGAGGCAACAGGUGAUAAUCAAUGUUGCUCAGAAAAUCGUCAUCUUUGUUGUCAAAAUGAUAAACUUGGACAAAUUUGUAAACAUGACGCAAAUCAUAUGGGUUGUUGUUAUCAUGAAAGUAGUGAACGAUGUUGGCGAAAAAUGGAGAAAAUAAUGCAGAAAAAUAAAAAACUUGAAAAAAUGGUUGUUAAAAGUAAACGGGGAAUUGUUGAGAUUCGCGAAAUGUUGAGUAGUGUUCUCUCAGUUAGAAUGGAACCGGGUUUUUAGAGAAAAAAAAAAUCGAAACAA